AGUAGAAUUGACAAGAGGCCACAAUGAAGUCGCAUGCACAUGCCGUCUUCCUAUAAAUAUUAAUUAACAGAGGUCCCUACGGACUCGAAACCAAAAGUUCCAGAGAAAAAAAAAAAAACAAACAAAAGCAAAUGCUGAUAUCCUCAACAACAACCGUCACUUCCCUCCUGCAGCUCUGCUCAGUUGCCGGUAAUGGCACUUGUCAUCAUAGAAAUGAUUCUGGGCUUCUGGGUAUCUCAAAAUUCUCAUCUCCUUGUCAUUUCCCCAAUUCUAAGGCAAAGGGGUCUCCUGUUAUUAGAUGCCAGUCCACAAAUACUGAUGAGCCAAAAACAAGGAACCUUCUGGACAAUGCAAGCAACCUGCUUACCAAUUUGUUAAGUGGUGGACGACUUGGUUCCAUGCCUAUAGCAGAAGGCGCAGUAUCUGAUCUGUUUGGUCGUCCACUCUUCUUCUCACUGUAUGAUUGGUUCUUGGAGCAUGGAUCUGUCUAUAAACUUGCUUUUGGUCCAAAAGCUUUUGUUGUUGUAUCUGACCCUGUUGUUGCACGACAUAUUCUUCGAGAAAAUGCAUUUUCUUAUGAUAAGGGAGUUCUUGCUGACAUCCUAGAACCAAUAAUGGGGAAAGGACUUAUACCUGCUGAUCUAGGCAUAUGGAAACAAAGGAGAAGAGUAAUUGCUCCUGGGUUUCAUUCCUUAUACUUGGAGGCCAUGGUCAAGAUAUUUACUGAUUGUUCAGAAAGAUCGACAUUGAAAUUUGAGCAACUGCUAGAAAGGGAAUAUUCUCUUGGCAGGAAUGUGAUUGAGUUAGAUCUUGAAGCAGAGUUUUCAAAUUUAGCACUUGAUAUCAUUGGGCUAGGGGUUUUCAACUAUGACUUUAGUUCUGUUACAAAAGAAUCACCUGUGAUUAAGGCAGUAUAUGGUACCCUUUUUGAAGCUGAGCAUAGAUCCACUUUCUAUGUUCCUUACUGGAAAAUUCCUUUGGCGAGGUGGAUUGUUCCAAGACAGAGGAAGUUUCAAAAUGACCUCAAAAUUAUCAAUGAUUGUCUCGAUGUACUCAUAAAAAAUGCAAAAGAGACCAGACAGGAAACAGAUGUUGAGAAGUUGCAGCAAAGGGACUAUUCAAAUCUUAAGGAUGCGAGUCUCUUGCGAUUUUUUGUUGAUAUGCGAGGAGCUGAUGUUGAUGACCGUCAGCUGAGAGAUGACCUGAUGACAAUGCUUAUUGCUGGCCAUGAAACAACAGCUGCUGUUCUUACGUGGUCUAUUUUCCUUCUUGCACAGAAUCCGUCCAAAAUGAAAAAAGCUCAAGCUGAGAUUGAUACGGUGCUGGGUCAGGGGAGGCCAACUUUUGAUUUGCUUAAGAAAUUAGAGUACAUAAGACUUAUCGUUGUAGAGGCUCUUCGUUUGUAUCCUCAACCUCCAUUGCUAAUUAGGCGUGCCCUCAAAUCAGAUGUUUUACCAGGAGGAUACAGGGGGGACAAAGACGGUUAUGCAGUUCCCAGUGGGACUGAUAUUUUUAUUUCUGUAUAUAAUCUUCAUAGAUCGCCAUAUUUUUGGCACUCUCCCAAUGAAUUUGAACCAGAAAGGUUUUUAGUGCAAAGAAAGAAUGAAGAAAUUGAAGGAUGGGCUGGUUUUGAUCCAUCUAGGAGCCCAGGAGCAUUAUAUCCAAAUGAGAUUAUAUCAGAUUUCGCCUUCCUACCAUUUGGUGGUGGACCGAGGAAAUGUGUCGGGGACCAAUUUGCCCUAAUGGAGUCAACUGUAGCACUGGCUGUGUUAUUGCAAAAGUUUGAUGUGGAGCUGAAGGGCUCUCCAGAAUCUGUGGAAUUGGUCACAGGGGCAACCAUUCAUACGAAGAAUGGACUGUGGUGUAAAUUGAGGAAGAGGCCUAAUGUUCAUUGACAUGCCAAUAAUGUGGAGGUUCUGAUAGACCAAGGAACUAGACACAAUAAAUCAAAGUAUAACUAUAUUCGUUACUAAGAACUGGAAGUGAUAUGAAAAAAAAAAAAAAAAAAAAAAAAAAAAAAAAAAAAAAAAAAAACUGGAAGUAAUACAGAUCAAAUUUUCAAAUUAUAGACUCAGCAAAUCCUUCAACUAAUUACUUCAUUGGAAUGCAUAAAGCAAGAAGAUGAAUGUAUAGAAUAUUUUUUUAAAAAAAUUAUUUUUCAGGAAAAA